AUGAGCUCGACUGAUCUUGGUACCGAUCCCCGCGUCGAAGAGGGAAUACUCCAUACCGACACCGCACAGGGUGCUGACGAGUUCGACUCAGAAAGCUGGAUUGGAACCCCUACUAGUUCGAGGCCUCCAACAUAUAUCUCAGAUGCCCAAUCCUUCAAUGACGACGCAUACACUGAUGACACUGGCACCAUAUAUGCGGGCCCUUCGACAUCCUCUUUGGUGCACUUACGGCCGCCCUCGAUCUUGGGCGUGGACGAGACGCAAGAAGCAAUAACAUACACAUUCACGCCGACGUCACCAAUAGGCAACUCCCUCACCCUAUUGCCACCAGAGGGGGCGAGAGAGGGCCUUCCGCGAUUUCACAUCGUCGUCACCCCGAACGUCUUCAACCCUUUCCAACAAAUCACGUCGAUAUAUCGUGGAGAGACGCAAUUCGGCGAAUGGGUUGCUUCCUUUGAGAUGGGCAUAUCGAGCCUUCUUGCCCGUGUCCGCAUUCAUAGACGCGAUAGAGUCCUUAACAAUGUAUUAGAAAAGGAUGGCAUUCGUCACAAGGCAGUUUGGACUUGGACGUCUCCCAGCAAGAAUGUCGAUCCUUUCAUCUGGGACUGCAAAGACUCCAAAUUGGCGUCCGUGUGCAAAUCCGCAAACGAUAAAAAGAAGAUACUCGCGACAUACACCCCAGCUCGCUCCAUGCUUGCUUUCGCAGCAACUGUUACGAUUGAUAGACGUGGAGAAGAAGUCGAAUUAUCAAAAUUGGAGGUUACGCCUGAGGGACAUCGAAUAUUUGAGGACAUCUUAGUCUCGUUGUUAAUCAUCCAGAGAAAGAGGAUGCUUGCGAGGGAGCAUGAUCCUAAACCAUACAACUAA